AUGGAUAAAAAAAUUAAAAGACCAAGACUCACCACCGCACAGACAAAAUUGCUAUCUAUUGUGUAUCAGCAAAACCCACGGCCUUCAAAUGAUUUAAGGUGUAAAUUAGCGAGUGACUUUAAUAUACCUAUUCGCACUGUGCAGAUUUGGUUCCAGAACAGAAGGGCAAAAGAUAGGAAGUAUAACACCUUGGUAUCUUCUUCUGAGAGUGAGUUAUCUGAGAAAGCGCCAAACAAGGCUGCCUCAGCAUCUACGUAUGAUGAAUACUAUAGGCUGUUUAUAGAAGAGAACUACAAAUAA